AUGAAACUUAUAGUUUGCAAUGAACUUCAAAGUAUAGAUACAACAAAAGUUUUAAACUCAGAUGCUUUGAAGAGUCUUAUAACAGACAAAGUUGGAGUUGUUGAAAGAAAAUAUAAAGACCAAAGAGUUUGUGAAAAUGUUGCAAACUUCAUUAUGGUUUCAAACAAUACUGUUCCGAUGAAGUUAGAAAGUUCUGACAGAAGAUAUGUAGUUGUCAGAACGUCAGAAGCUCAUAUGCAAGAUACAGAAUAUUUUGACGACUUAGCAGAAACUUUGACAUCUGACUUUUACAACCACUUGUUCUCAUAUUUCAUGACAUUAGAUAUUUCUAAGUUCAAUCCAAGACAAAUUCCACAUACCGAAGAGAGACAAACAUUGUUAGAAGCAAACAAGAGUGUAUAUGAACUGUUCAUAGAUGAAACUGACUUUGAGUGUUUAGAUGAAAGGUCAUUGUACGAUUCGUAUAAACAAUAUUGUCAAGAAUAUGGUUAUAUGACAGCUUCUAAACGAACAUUCUUGGCAAAUGUCAAAAGUCUUUUAGAUGUUCAGAAUGGUGUAUAUACAAAGAAAAAAUUUUCUGAGUAA